UAAAUGAGUUCAGUUGAACCCAAAUCUUAGCUGACCACCAUUAUUGUGUACUUGUGUGUGCUUGUUGUUGGCGUCUUUGACGCAAAUUUGUGUAACAUUUCCGAAAGAAAAUUUUCAUGAUUUAACGAAAAUGUCACAAGUGGAUCGUAAAGUAAUUUUAAAAUCCAUGCGAAUAUGUCGUUUUUGCUUGACAGAUCAGGAACCAUUAACGAGUAUUUAUGAGAAAGAUGUUCGUUCCAAAAAUUUAAUUCCAUUACCGCUUCAAAUAAUGGCGUGUGUAUCAAUUGAGGUAUUUCAAAGUGAUGGUAUGCCUCAAUUAAUAUGCAAAAUAUGCCGAUUACAAACUAGUAGAUCGUAUAAAUUCAAGACUCACUGCAAACAAUCUGAUGAUGCUUUAAAACUCUUCCUUGCUACUGGAAAUUUUAAGAAACCAAAUCUAACUAUCAAGGAAGUUCUAGAGCUUGAUGAAGAAGAACCCGAAGAUCCAUUGAAAUUAACAGAAGAAUCGCCAAAACCUCAAGGUCCCCCAGCAAAACGAGCCAAACCAAAUUCUUCAACAACACAAAAAUCUGAAAAUGUUGAAAGACAUCAAGCAACUCAACGAGAAAAAUCAAUUCAAGAAGAAAUUCAAAUGGAAGAAGGGGAAAUUUAUCAGGAAGAUUACAGUAAUGAAAAUGCUACGAAAAUGGAAGACGUUGAAGAAUUGGAAGACUUGCAAGAUGAAGAAAACGAAAAUUAUGAAUUUGAAGGUACCGUGGAAGAAUCGGUGGAUUCCAGAGGAGAAGUUACAAAUAUCACUCCAAAUUUAAGCGUAUAUGCCUGCACAAAAUGUGAUCGAUCAUUUCCAUUACAACAGCUAUUAGAAAUUCAUAUGCGGAAUCAUGGACGUGAACGAAAAUUUAGUUGCCGUCGUUGUAAUAAACUAUUCUUUUCGAAAUACGAUUUGGCUAAACAUACAGCUGUGCAUACCGGAGAAAAGCCAUACCAAUGUGUGGCAUGCUUGAAAACAUUCGCUCGUCCAACAUUGUUACAUCGUCAUGAAAAAAUUCAUGUUGAAAUCCCCAAAUAUUUAUGUACAACAUGUGACCGAACAUUUUUAGCAUUAGAAGAGCUUGAACGUCAUGAACAAAUCCAUAAAAAGGCGAGACCCUACAGUUGUGACAAAUGUGAUAAAAGUUUCGCAUUCAAACAAGGUUUAGAACGACAUCAAGAAACACAUCGCACGGAUAAACCACACAAAUGUAAUUAUUGUACAGAAAGUUUUGAUACACCAGCAAAAUUAGCUCGGCAUGUUACCACACACGCGGGUAUACGUCCUUAUCCAUGUAAAUAUUGUCACCGUACAUUUUUAUUAAGCCAUCAUUUAACGAGACAUUUACGGGGACAUUACGCAAAUCCACAGCAAACAUCUAGUAAACCCCAGUAUAAUUACAAAUGCAGUGAAUGCACGAUGCAAUAUAAACGAAAAGAUGGUCUUAUUGGACACUCCACAAUUCAUUCAAUGGUUUCCCUUAAAUGUAUAUUUUGUUUUAAACAAUUCGACGAUUUAAAAUUAGUUCGGGAACAUGUAAAAUCCCAUAUGUACGGUAACAUUUAUCCGUGUGAAAAAUGUAAUUACCUUUUUAUUACCGCUAAACAUCUAGAAGAUCACGAACAAAAUCAAUGUGUUGGUAAUUUAGAUAAGGAAGAAGAAGAAUUUGAGCUAUUUGAAGCGACUAAUGCGAAUAAUGAUUCCAUAAACAUUUUUACUGAUCCAGAAAAUUCGAUCAAUGAUGAAGAAGAUAAUACGCAAGAUGGUAAAUCUGAAGCAGAUGAAGCUAAAAUGAAUACAUCUGAGCAAGAUAAUUCAGUGCGACGUUCUUCACGACCUACAAAAAUCAAAGACUAUGCUCAAUUUAUCAAAGAUGAACUUGGCUCGGAAUCCGAACAUGAUAGCAACGCGGAAAACGAUGAUUUAUAUGAAGAAGAUGAAAAUACUCAACAGAAGAAAGUACCUAAAAAAGUUGAAGACACGAUUAAACCAAUAAUAAAACCUGAUGGUACGAAAACUUAUGCCAGCAAAGGCCAAAAGAAACAAACUGCUAGUGCAACCAUAGUCAAACCAACUGAAACACCUCAACCAACUGCAGCUCCAACUCCUUCGGUAAGUAUUGAUUUACCUCAAGAAAAAUGGACAAAAGGUGAAAUUAUGGAGAUGAAAAUUGGUGAGAAAAUUGUGAAAGUUCAAAAAGUUUUGAUGUCAAAAGCCGAAGUUGAAGAAAUGGCUCGACAGGGUAAAAUUAAGAUGAAAGGUGGAGCUAUGUUAUUAAAACAACCGAUAAAGAAAUCGGCAAUCGAUGGCACAAAAUUAAAGUCACCGAUAGCAGCAUCUACGCCAUUACCGAAAAUUAAGAAAAAUAUCACUGCAAAUAAGAAAGACGAGAAUGAAACGACACCAAAGAAAUCUACUCCGUCAAUAGAAAGUAACGAAAUAAAAAAAUCAGUUCGUACUUAUGGUACGAAAAAAGUUAGUACUACUACCCCAGUCAAAAUAAAAGAGGAACAACUACAGGCAGUAUCAGAAGAAACUGGUGAGAAGACAACGGCAGAUGUACCGGAAGAUACAUCCCAGAUAAAUGUAAAGUAAUUUUACAAAAUUUGUAAUUUUAUUUUGUUUAUAUAAGUCAUUAAACGUAGCGUUAAUGCCUUCUGAUCAGUAAAGAGUUGUGUACAAAAAUUGGCGGAGUAUUGAUUCCAAGAGUAUUUUUGAAUUAAAUUAUGAAAGUUACAACUCACAAGAGCUACGCUCUCAAUUCGAAUAAAAAUGUUCGUUUCUCGAAUAGACGGUUCGAAAAAAGCACAAUUUAUUAAUAUUCGUUAGUUUAUACUGUACAGGGUGUUCGAAAUUACUACUCUAAAUUUUAAAAUGUGAAAAAUGUCUAAAAUUGGAGAAUGAUACUCGGAACUACUCGGAUGAGUAUACAAAAAUGACUCAAUCAAUACUUUUUCUUAACUCUUUCAAAUAAAAGAUACAAAGAGUUACAUAAUUACUUAAUAAACAUCUAACGAACCGGAUACAAACUUUUCGCAGACUGAAGGUUGCCCACCGUUGACCAAAAACAUAAAAAUAUAUCGGAAAGAUAAAACUAGACUGGCAAUGAUGUUAUUAAGAGGAGAUAGUGAGUAGAUGAUCAAUUGGAGCGUGCUAGUGCUAUUUUUGUUCGAAAUAACGUGUUUUCGAUAACCCAAUGGAUUUACCACUAGUACAAAAUGAUGCGCAAAAUGUUAAAGCCUAUAACUCCGUUGUUUUGGUGUAAACUAUAACUUUCAUUUUGAUUUAUCACGAAUAAAAAUUUGGGGAAGUCAUUUUUUCACAUCUUGUACAUGGCCUGUAUUGAAUUAUUAAAUGUUAUUUAAAUCCUUUGAUUUAUUUUGAUGCCUUAUAUGUGCCAGAUUUG